AUGGGCCCCAAACGGCCCAAGACCGGCGGCCGCAGCUCCGCCGCGGGGGCGGCGCCCAGGAGCUGGGAGGCCGCGCUGGUGUCCGCCCGCCUCGAGGAGGAUGACUGGAAACCUAGCAUCGCUUUUGUCGUUGGGAACAAAAUUGAGGAUGAAAUCCACAUAAAGGCCUUGUCUCUUGCUGUUCAGGUGCCACAGCGGAAGCUCUUCACUGUGAUAACACAUGAAGACAUUUUCAGACAGAUCAUGGAAGCUGGAAAUCAAAAAGGAAGAAAAGUUAAGGAUGUCCCUAUGUACCAUGAGGUGACUGAAGUAGCCAAAGCCAUUCUGGAAAGUGGAGAACAAAUUCCUAUAACACUGAUUGGAAAGCUGUUGAAAUUUCAGCUGCUUUGCUUCAAGCAGAAGGACCUUGAGAGAAGAGAAGCUGAAAAAAAGGCAGAAGAAGAGCGAAAAAUGGAAAAAGACAGAGGGAAGGAGAAAACUAAGCUUCCUGGCAAGAAGGAAAAAAAAACUAGUGCCAAGAUAGCUGACAAAGAAAUGAAAGGGAAGAAAACAGAAGUCGCCCCUCCAGCAGCAAUUACUGUCAAAAAGGACACCAAAUUAAAACGACGAGGUGAAGCGGAAGAGGAAGACAAAUACAUUGAUGAUGAACCAGAUGAUGGUGCACAUCAUUACUUUAUAAUUUUGGAUUUCCACAACCCUCAGCUGCUGCCUGUGCUGUCUGAACUUGGGAUUAAUGUUUCAAGUGUAAUUAGGAUUUCUUCUGAGAAUUAUGAACCACUGCAGACGUACUUGGAAGAGGCUAAACUUCAAGAAGAAUCUUUACUUUCACCUGAAGUUGUAGAAGCAGAGAAAAGAAAGAAUGAUGAAGCUAUCAAAGACCUGGAAACAUUUUGGAAAUACUUGGAGCCAAUUCUGAACAGUGGAAAGCAUGGAUCAAGUCUCUUUGAUAUUGCCAGACUUCAUCACCUAGUAAAGGAGAACUCCUUUCCCCCUAAUUGGUCUGACAGUGAAAUGCUGCUUGUAUUUGGCACUACACUGUUUGAAAGCAUUGCUUGUUUAAUGUAUGACUGUCUGGAUUGGAAAAGACAGCAUUGUCACUACUUGGAAAACACCAAGUUUAUUAAUGUGCCUGCAUUAUCAAAGAACAAAUUGGCACAAUCCCUUGUAACAGAGGUACAUCCAGCAUCAUCGAUUACAUCUUCAAAGAAAAAAGGACAAGCAGAGGAAGUUCUGCCAAAAGUAAUUUUGUCAGAGGAGGAAGAAGUUUCUUUUCUGGCUACUUAUGUCAACAUGAGGUAUUAUAAUGACUUGCUGAGUCAGAUUCCCGAGGAAUGCAUUUCUGUGCCCUUAAUCCUGAACUGCAUGUUGGAACAGGUUAUUGCAAGUGAAGAAGACCUUACACCACCUAGCCUCAUGGUACCAGAGCCCCGGGCAGAUGGACUAGAUCAUAUCAUUGCAGACCAUCUAGCCUCUAUCCUUCCUUCUCUUCCGCUUUCUGACAGUGAAAGAAAGAAUCUCUAUGACCACUUUUCUUCCAAAUACAGUGAAAAAAAGGCUGUGACUCCCAGGGGCCCUCUCUUAUUAAACUACCAUGAUACUCUGGCUCAGCGGUUGCACCUAUUGGAGGUCCAAGAGGGCUUAAAUCUAGAAAAGAUUGAACGUGAAAUGUUGGACAAACUGCCUCUUACAGAACUUCUACAUUUUACCCUUCCUUCACCUGAGAACAACACUAAACGCUUGGCUAGAGUUCAUGAGCUCAUGCAUUAUUGUACCACUGAACUUCUGAGUUGGGCUGAAGUAGAAAGAGCCUUCAAAGUGUUUACUUUUGAAAGCCUGAAGCUGACUGGGCUGAGUGACUCUGGUCUCCUGGAGAGCUCUGGGUCCACAUUCAGAGGUGAUUCUGAAGUGUCUUAUAUCCCCUGGGAUAAUCCAGCCAGGUUUGCAAGACAGCUGAGACAACUCUUCCUUGUGGAAAAGAAUCUUAAUGGGAAAUCUCCAAGAGGCUCUGGACAUACAGAAACAAGUGACAAAGGUGGAAGAGAGAAUCUGGCUGAUCCUGUUUUAAACAAAGAACUGGAUCUUUUUAUUUCUAAAAUGGUGAGUCUGGAAAAUUACAGCCCAGAACUAAACUUAGAAGAAAUAAAAAAGAUUCAGAGGCGUUGUUUGACAGACUGGAUUUUUGCUGAGCAUUUUCAACCACAUGUCCUUAUUCAGGUUCUUCACACUGCAGCCCAACAGUAUAGAUGUGUUGAUUCCUUCUAUCAUACCCAAGAUAACUCGUUGCUUAUGGUCCUUCACAACCCUAUGAAUCAGUAUCGUCUGUGCCAAGAGACUUGGAAUAUAGCAUUGCACUCUGAUGUUGGAUUCAGGAACUAUCUUGAGUUGGUGGCCAGCUCAAUUGAAGACUGGGUGAAAGAGGAGGAAGUCAAAUACCAACAAGAGAAGAUGGCUAAGGAAAUGGAAGCUCUUACUCUGGCAAAAGUCAUGGCAGAAGGAGCUCUUGAAUUUUAUGAAGCUGCUGUCAAAAAAAGUGGUUUCCUUAAGAAAGCCAGAAGUGACACGUCAGUACCUGAGAGCAUCACAGAGACCACUCUAGAAUCUCAGUCCAACAAAGAAAAGAGUCCUUUUAUCAGAGAAGGUUCUCUUAAGGCUUGGAAGGAGGAGCAGGAUCAAUUACUAGAAGAAGAACGACUUAAGGAAGAAAAAAAAGCAAAAAAAGAAAAUCCAGAAGGUAAAAGGAAAGGGCAGGAGACAAUAGUACUUGAAGAAAGUAAAGGUACCAAGAAGAAACACUCUAAAGAGAAAAUUAAAGAUGAGCCAUCAAAAGCCCUUGAACCUGUGGAAGAUUCCAGCAUGCCAGAACCACCUCCUGAGAAAGUUUAUAAGUUUCUUGGCUACAAUACAGGGGAAGAUCUCAUUCAAGUAUCAGGAACCAAUCAGUAUCUUUUUCCAUCUGAUGGAGGACAGAUUGAAGUAGAAAAGAUAGAGUUUGUGAAAGGUCUAACUUUGGUAAAGGUGAAGGUGGUAAAGGACAACCACAAUUUCUUCAUUCAUAUCACAGACCCCAAGAAAAACAUAAUAGAAUUUGAAGUGCAAGAAAUGAAUGAAGAAGAGAAAACUAAAGCAGGAAAAUUGAAAAAUCCAAAGAAAUCUGUGAGCAAGUUUGGAUCCUUUUCAGCCACCUUGGAAAAUGGAAUCCAGCUGUCCUUGAGCUAUUAUGGACCUACAGGGAAGACAGCAGAAGAUGAAACAGAUCCUGACUUAGCAACAAUUCUGAACAUCCCCUCUGUUCAUAUUCCAACUGUCAUUUCUCCUGCUACAUCAACUUCAGCAAAAAGUCGUAAGUCAGUCAAACAGAAAUCAGGAAAAUCCCUGCCGUCUACAAAAGGGAGCCAUAGUAAAAUAAGCCCUCCACCACCAGAAGACCUUGUAAAGCAGGAAGAAGGAAAGGUGGAAGUGGAAGAAACAGCUUCCCAAACGCAAGUGAUGUCAAAUUUUCCUGCUUUCCCAAGUUUGAAUGUCUCCUGUCCCAAUGGACUAGUGUUAACUUUCCUUGGUGAAAGUUUUGAAGAUUUGAAAGGUGAAGCUACUACAGCUGAAGCUAAGAAAGAGGUGGUAAAGGAAAGUGAGGCCAAAGCCAAGGAAGCAAAGGAAGAGGAGGCUGAGAAAACUGAGGCCAAAGCAAGUGAAGUCAAGGUAGGGGAGGCUGUGGACAGUGCAGUGAAAGAGCAUGAGGUUACAGAAGGUGAAAUGAAGCAAGAAGACAUCAAAAGAGAAGAGACCAAGAAGCCUACUCUGGAAAUUCUGGUUAGGCAGAGUCAUCCCCAAAAGAUAAAACACUCUCAUCUAUAUACAGCAGUGGUAAAACAAGAGGUGUCAAGAGUCAUCACCAGUCAAGGAACUGUCAUAAAAUACAUGACAGAUGGAUCUAGCCAGAUUCUGUUUGCUGAUGGCACAGUGUGCACAAGUCCUGAUUCUGGCCCAGUCAUACCACGACCUCUAAUUCCGGAUAACAUCCAACCAUUACAAGAAUCAGAGCCUUUGCCAGAGACCAGCACUAAGAAAGGAAAGGGCAGCCACAUAAGCAGUCUAUCAAACCCAAACAAGGAUGAGUUGUUUGAAAAUGCUGUUCAGGGUCUGGUUAAUACUGAGCAACCUAAGGAGAAUGAGUCAGGAACCUGGAUAACAACAACGUCUUUAGGCUUUCAAGUGGGCACUGAGGGAGCAAAGCGAAUGGAUUUAAAGCCACUCUUAAUCUAUCAGGCAACUGAUCCAGCUGAUGGAACGAUUAUGACUGUACGAGAUGAUGCAGUGAUAAUAGUUGAGAAGCUGGAUGGCAGCAGAGUUGUAGAUCAUGCUGAUGGUACUAGAAUCACCACUUUCUUCCAAGAUUGUGAAGAACUUUUUGUACCUCAGGAUGGUGAAGAAACAGAUAAACCUUCAGAAGCCAUCACAAGAAAGGUGAAAUGUAUGCGAGUGGAGAAUCCUGAGUUUGCUACUGUUAUAACAAAUUGUGAGGACAGUACCUGUUGUACCAUCUUCGGAGAUGGGACAUCUAUUAUAGCAAAGCCACAAGGAACAUACCAGGUUUUACCCAUGAGAAUAGGCUCCCUUUUCAUUGAUGAAGAUUGUUCAGCAGUUUAUACCCAUGAAGUUUAUAAUAAUAAUAAAUUUAUCAGCAAGCAAGAAGGGAAGCAAGCAGGGAAAUAUGUUAUGAAACACACCUCCAGCACUAUUUGUGAGGUGAUGGAUCCUGAAGGAAAUCUUUUCAAGGUCAUGGCUGAUGGCAGCACAUCUGUCUUUGUUUCUAGCAUUGGCUGCGAUGACAAGGAAGACAGAAGUUCAGCAUCAGUAUUGCCAGAAAAUAAUGAACCUAUCGCUUAUGAUGAUGAGCAUGUCCCCAGGUUCUUCAUUGUCUAUGCUGAUGGUUCUGGGACUGAACUCCUUCGGAGCAGGGAUGUAGAAGAGCAUCUUGCUGAGGCCUGUAGUGAUCCAGCUACUGCUGUCUUGCAGGACCCUGUACAAGAAUGUCCAGGUGUUUUAAAUAUUACUAUCCUCCGCCCUUUGGUUGAAGCCUCCUCCUGGAUAAUGAAUAAAGAACCAGAAAGUAUUAUUCCUCCCAAUCUUCAGUCAAGGAGCUGGGAUACAUUUUCUCCUUUUGAGAGGAAGGUCACAGAUCCCCCAGUCAGAACACAUAUUUGGAAGGGUCUCUGCAUUGGAUCUGAAGAGCGGGCCUGCUUGUCAGUACCUGUGCGAAAAUGUCCUAAUAAACUCCAAAUCCGUCAGCUAUUCCAGUAUGAGCCGCUCGGUGAUGAACUAAGAGAAAAGCUGCAGCUUUCUCUCAAGGAAUACAUAGACAUCAUUUUGAAGCAGGAAAAUGAGCUGCAAGAGAUGAAUGUAAAAGAACCAAGAACAGAAGAGGAAAAGGAGAAUGCUGCAGAUCUGCUCAAACUGGUCAUGUCCUUCCCUAACUUGGAGAAGUCAUCCAAAGAUCUCAGCACCAAAGUACACAUAGAUGAGUUAUAUGAACAGGCAGUGGCUUCUCAGUUCCAGUGUCCCACAGGGAAGACAAUCUCUAAGAAACCAAAGGACCACUGGGAGACGUUCAGCACAGGACGAACAAUAGUGUCUAAGUGGCAGAGCAGACUAGAAGAACACAGGAAGGAACUUGAUGAAGGAAAGAAAUGCUUAAUAGCACUAAGAAACAAAAUACUUCCUCCAUAUUUUGAAUCGGAAUUUGGCAAGGAAUUUCUUCUGAAAAAGUUUCCUGAUGUGGAAGCACUUUCUAAGGAACUUCCUCCAGUUCCAAAAAAAGAAAGUGGUUAUCUGCCUUUACAGGUGAUCAAAAACCCCGUAAGAGGUAAUUUGACAUCUGAAUAUCUCAAUACCAUGAGUGAUUCCUCACCUUCACCUGGUUUUCUGCUACAGAUUGAUUCACACCAAAGUGAAGCUCCCAGCACAGCAGCCUACUUGAACAAGGCUUCAAGAUCACAUCAGACACUCUUUCGACCUAAAAUUCAGAGUCUGCUGGUGAAUGCUGCAAGGCAGCCAAGAAAAGAAAAAGUAGAAUUACCACCAUGUCUCCAGGGGAGCAAACCAGACUCCAUACCAAAUAAAAAAGUAGAUGAUCCUGUUGGGGGAAAAGUCAACACAUCUUCUCUUGCAACAGUGAAACAGCAUCUUAGUACGUUCCAGCUCAUUCCACCUAAUGUGACAUUUGGCGUACUGAAGGAAGGCUGCACCUACACCACCACUGUGAUCAUGAAGAAUGUUGGAGUGAACUUCUCAAGAUUUCGGGUGAAGCAACCACCUCCACACACAGGACUGAGAGUGAUGUACACACCAGGACCUGUGGCAGCAGGUUUGCAGGUUGAACUGGAGAUAGAGAUUUUCGCAAUGGCAAUUGGAGGGGAAGAUACUGAUGGCCUUGAAGAAAUUUCCCAUCGUAUUGAAAUAUUAACAGAAGCAGAGACUCUUCUCCUUCCUGUGAGGGCAAUUGUAUUAACCAAUGACAUUUAUGAGCGCCGCCCACAAGGAUACCCCCAGGGUGGGAUGGCAGCAACAGUCCGGCUGAUUUCUACAAUCCCCAAGGCCCAGUUCCAGAUUAUACUACCCCAGAAGCUUUCUAGUUAAUGUCAGAGCCCUGGAAGAGUAACAUAAAGAUCAUCAGUACUGAAAUACCUGAAUUUUAGUUGAAUGUUUUUCUGAAAACAACCCCAUUACAGUCUUUUU